AUGGCUCGUCGUGCACGUCGCCGGCUGCUAGAUUCAAGGCGGGGACAGCUGCCGUCGUCGAACGCCGGCGACGCCUACACCGCGGGGCAAGAAUCCGCAUUCGGGAGGGACGAGAAUGGUACUGAUAAGGUGACUAAGACCGAUAUCGAUAAUUUGAACGAAGAUGAUGGCAGCAGCGACAACGAUUCCGUCUCGUCAUAUGAUAUCUUACCUCCGGAGGAUUUUGAUAAUAAUGAACAUGGCGCAAAUAGCGAGAACGAAGAUGUGGAUGUUAACAAUGUGCAACAUAAUUGGCAGGAAUCAUUUGCAGAUAACUGGAGCCAGGAGGAGUCAGAUGGUCUUGUACUUGAUCACGAUGAGGGAGAGAUUGAUAUUGAGGAGGCUCAAAGGGAGCAGAAGAUGCUUGAGACACAUUGGAAGGUUAUGGCUAUGACCUUUCGGUCGCAAGGGGAUGCAUACAUAUUCUACAACAAUCACGCCAGAGAGCACGGGUUUAGUAUCAGGAAACAGAAGGUGAAACGAGGUGCUUCGGGAAUGAUACGGUACCGGCGGUUUCUUUGCUCCAGGGCAGGGAGAAGGCAGAGCAAGUUCAUAACCAUGGAGGGCCGCAAGCGCAGGCUUAGACCGGAGACUCGUUGCGACUGCGGUGCACAUAUGGUGGUGAAGCUGGACAGAGAACGUGGCGUUUGGUUCGUCGCAUCAUUCGUGGAUGAUCACAACCACGCGAUGGCUCAGCCCGACGAGGUUUGUUUUUUGUGGUCACACAGACGGAUUGGAGAUGGCCAGAGGGCGGAGAUAUUGGCGAUGGAAGCGGCCGGGAUAAGGAAGCAUAUUAUAAUGGACAACUUCAUCAGCAGAUACGGUUCGUACGAUAAGUGCGGGCUUAUCAGGAGGGACAUUUACAAUCUUUGUUGCAGAGAAAAAACGAAGCUCAUUGCAAAGGGAGAUGCAGAGACGGCAGUUGGCAUUAUGAGGAGCAGGAAGGAGAAGGACCCUGAGUUUUUUUUUGAGUAUGUGCGUGACAAGGAAGGGCGAUUGAAGAGUAUGUUCUGGUGCGAUGCACAGUCGCGGAGGGACUAUCAGGACUACGGAGAUGUGGUCGUGUUUGAUAGCACGUAUAAGAUGAACAGAUACGGUAUGCCGUUCGUCCCCUUUGUCGGAGUUAACAAUCACCGUUGCACCACAGUGUUUGGUUGUGCCAUCAUUGCUGACGAGACGGAAGGGACAUACGUGUGGCUGCUGCAGACAUUUAUGAAGGCAAACUGUUAG